AUGUAUCCCGUCGGGCCGGUUCGACAUGUCCCAAACGCAAACGUGGAUUUGAUCCGCAAUAUGAUUCCCGGCAUGCGCUCUUGGCUGCUUGGGAAUACUUUAGGCGACCCUGCUCAUGGAGUCAUUGAGCUAAAAGUGAACCACAUGGAUCAGUCCACCGCGGAACUCCGGAGACUUGUUCAUCAAGGAUGCGCCGACUAUGCUAUCAUUCGAACUACGAAGGAGACGAAAACGCCAUAUAACUAUGCUGGAGCUACCUACACGGCUCUUCUCACAGAAAACACACAGAGUAAACGGAUGAUCGGCCAGCUUAGAUUGGAGAUCGGACAGACUGUGUGGGUCGAAGCGCCGGCUGUCGUCAGUGCCGGUUUCGUGUUACUUAUUAUAAAGCCCGCCACAUCCCUUUCUCUAGACCAUGGAGUAACUUUUGAACGAAUGGCAAGGCUUGAGGCCGAAAAUGCGCGCCUACAACGGCAAAUGGCUCUCUCUAGGGAGAUCAUGGAAAAAUCAAAGAUUAACUAUGUUUGCCCAUCCCGCGAGUGCUAUGAAGGCUUCAACGACAUGAAGGCAUUGAAAAACCAUUGGAAGAAGUGCCAGAUAAAGCACGGCUACGAAGAUCCUCACGUUAGGUUUCUCGAACGGUCCAAAGAUCACCCCGCAUUUUUCGCUGCCUAUCAGAGUGGCCUAGAAUCUGACCUUCCUUCCUACCAGAUGUGCAAGGCCGUCAUGCAUAACACGAACCUCGCGAAUGCUAGUUCUACACCACUACGUGCCACCAAGGGGAUGUUCUUGAUGGGAUAG